UGAAUCAUUUAAUGAAUCAUUCAGUAAAUCAGAUAAUAAACAACCUACUUCAACAACUUUAAAUACUGUGGCAUAUUUUCUAUACGACAGACAAAAUUUUACUAAAGUUAAACUAUUUCAACAAAAUAAUCUCUGUAACAUUGAUUCAACAGCAGAUUAUACACCUACUAUAGAUCCUGGAAUGAAUAUGCCAUUAGGAAUUCCAAAAAACUUAGUAUUUCUGAAUGAAAACUUGAUUAGUAAUAACCAUUUAAAAGUAAAAUUAUACUUACUUUCUCUUUGA